AUGUUGAAGGAUCACCAGCAACAGCUCGGUAAAAUCGACCAGAAAUAUCGUGGUGAAGGGAGACACCCAGACCAUCAGGGUGAUGGAGUAAUGGGAGCAGACAGCUUCGGGCUCAACAUAUCCUCCCCCAACGACAGAGAUUCGGACUUGGAGGCUGAUGAUGAAUGGGAAGAUGUCGUACCGAAAUCUGAGAAGAUGGAAGAACAUUUUGCAUACGUGCAGGCAGCCACUUCACUCCAGCGCCCAUUCGACGUACCGUCGGGUUGUGACAAGCGCACCAUGUGCAUCCUGAGGAUGAGGAAGUUAGCGAGAUACUUUUUCGCUUACAGAUACACCAAGGAUCUACCACUCGAAGGGUCCAACCUCUUCACCAGUACAUCUCUUAAUGCCCUUGGCACGAAUAAGAAGAGAAACUUCAACAGCCCAAAGCACUGGAAGAUCCGGGGACUCGAGAUCCUGUAUCCGAAACCGACAUCUCGCAACGCGACUUUGUUUCUUGGGAAAUGGUCUCUUGAACAUGGGAUUCGACUACGACCCGAUAGCCGUCGACACAGUAGAUAG